CAACAGACAAACCACAAUUUGGCUUGUGGUUAAAACUUAAAAGUGAGCUUCUACGGAGAUCUCCCCACCACCCACUUAUCUUGUUUGGCUUUUAUUUGGAAGCAGGACUAGGGGACUACACCAAAAGCAGAGUGUAAAACUAAACCAGAUCGGGGUAGAAAAAACAAGGUUCCAUUGGUACUCAUCAAGAGUACGAUAAUCCAAUAAUUUGAGUGGUAAGGAAGAAUUCAUGUAUAAAUUUUAUGAACACGUGACAUCAAAAUGAAAUUAGUUUUAAUAUUAUAUCAUACGAACUGAUUUUAAUAAUUCGAGUUAUUGAGAAAUAAUCAUGCAUGAUAAUCACUUCCUUAUACGUAAGUGUGUAUAUUGUUUGAAGUUUCAAUGAAUUCUCAUUUUGAGAUCUAUUAAAUGUCGAACCCACGAUUUUAUUUACAUAAAAAAUGUUAUCUGAAACCUAUAAUGGCAUGCUAAAAGAGCAUGUGUACUUUAUUAUUGGAGGGUAGAAGCCAUCCAUGUUGAAGGAUUUGGGAAAUAAUUAAGGGGGACAGAAAAUUAAACUCAAUUAUGGGGGAUGGUAUCAUUAUGGGGGAAAAGGAAGAAGUACAUGCAUGUGAAUUCUGCAAUGAACUUUUUGUGGGGUAAAUCUCUUAAUUAUGGGGUUUUGACAAAAAAAAAAUCAUGAACUCAAAAUUAUAACACAAUUAAAUAACUAAACUAUUUUUUUAUAAUGAUAAGUACCAUGCUGCUAGAUUGAUCCUGAUUGAGUUGACUUUCUACAUUCUAUCAACACCGUAUAUGUCUACAUGCUUGACUCGAUCGAGCGGGUUAAAAGGCAAAGAUAUCACAACUAUUUAAAGGUGGCAAAUGGAUUGGAUUAAGAGAUUGGUGGAUUCAUGGAUUGGUGAAUUGAAUCAUGAAUUCAAGUGACAUCUAAACAUUGAACCAAUACUAGAAAUUUGAAAACUUUAGAUACUAAAAUGUCAUAAUAAAUUAUUUUAGGUACCAAAAUGUAAUGUUCAAUAAUAUUUUCCAUCUGAGAAAUAAAUUUAGGUAUAAAAUUGUGUUAGUAAAAAUAGAGAUAUUAACUAUAAGUUACCAAACAUCCAUGAAAAUAAUCCGUGAAUCCCUCAACCCAAUUGAAUUUGGAUUAAUUUAGGGAUCGGUUAGCUUGACUACCCCCUAAAGGGGUAGUGAUUUUUGACACCCCUCUUAGAUACCAUCUAUCUAAUCCAAUGGUAAGUAUUAAUCACCUGUUUUUUAUACAUUAAUUACAUAAUUAAUUUCUCUCACCACAUUGGAAAAGAGAAAGAAUCUGGGGGAAAACGAGCCCCAAAAAACCCUUUUCUUCUCCCCUUUUUUCUCUCCGUUUCGUUUCCUCCUCUCUCCCUCGAUUCCCUCUUCCCCUACUCGCCGUCGUCGCUUCUUCACCGUCACAGUCCACAUCUCCCUCCGGCUCUGUCCCGCAUCCUCCAUCGUGGCUAUGUCUUAGAUCGUGACUAUCGCUGUUCUCCGAGCAACGCCAAGCUUGCCGUAACUCUCCAUCUCCUUCCACAAGUUUGGCACUGUGAAAGGAUCGACGGAGAAGACAAUGAUCAUCCUCACCUUCCCGGCAAAGAUGACGACCCGUCUCCCCUUCCUACACUAGCCAUCCUUCCCUUACCGGCGACGACGACGACGAAGAAUCUGAGGUAACUCUCUCCGUCCCACUAUCUCUCUCUCCCAUACCCAGAUCUGGGUUUUUGGUGUAGAACUGGUAUUGAUACCAGUGAACUGGUAGUUUAUGAUUAUACUCAUAUGUGAGUACUGGUAUUGGUACCAGUGUACUGGAAGUUUAUCAUUAUCCUGGAUUUUUCUAGAUUUGUGAUUUUUUAAUUAUUCCUUAUCAGUCUAGUUUUUCUCUCUCAUACCCACGAAGAUGUUUUUUUUCUUGUGGUAAUGUUACCACUACAAUGAUAAUUGUAGUGUUUGAGUUUUUGUUGAUGUUAUUCCAGUGGUAUGUCUAUCACUGGAAUGGUAUAAAUUGUUGAUUCUGGUACGGAAGUAUACCACUCCAGUGAUAAUUGAUUCUUGGAUAAUGUAGUGUUGUUUAUUUGACUGCAGUCUAUCAACACAUUGAUAUAGUUAACCAUGUGAAUGUUUUUGUGGCAUAUUGUGUCUAUCACUUUAGUGGUAGAUCUAUCACUGCAGUUGUUGAUCUAUCGCUGUAGUGGUAGAUCUAUCGCUGCAGUGGUAGUUCAUUGUGAUGUUUUUGUGGUAGUGCUAUCACUGUAGUGGUACAAACAAAAUCAUUAUGGUUGUUUAAAGUACAACUACCGUAGUAGUAGUUAUGUUUAGAAUGGCUUUCUAGGAUAGAGCCAAUAGAUUGAUAUAUCUGCAGUGAAAGUCUUAUUGUUGAUCUCAUCUAUCAGUAGUUAUAUUUAUUGGUUUGACUUUUGAUUUUACCUUCUUUGAUUUCAGUCAGAGCAGUGAGUUCCUCGAGAAGUUGUGGAGCGGCGUCGGAUGCACGCUAGGAAAGACAAAUCACACGGAGCAGGGAGUAGAGCACGUUCCGGACUACAAGCGAGAGCGAUUAGGGAGCUUGCAAAAUGGAGCAAUGACAAUGAAGAUAUUUAUGGUCCAGCAACUCUUAAUGUCGAGUUUCAACGAAAGUUAAAGAGGCUUGAGGUGGAAAAAUAUAUUGUAUUCAUUUGGUUAAUCAAACUGAUGAAGAAUUUAAUGGAUGCAUAUUUUGGGAACUUUAAUGGUAUUUGGUGCUCUAUUUUCACAUUAGUAGUAUCCUUCCCCCAAUUCUUAUAGUUUAGUGGCGUGUAGUGUAUUUCUCCCAUACAAAAUCCAAAUGAAGUGGUACAUUAUAAGUGGCAAAUACGAGUUAGAGUGAGAACAAUACCAGUGCAAUGAUAUUUUUCAUAACAAUGAUAAACAAUAACGGAGCAACAAUGUAGUACCACUUCAAUGAUACAAAUACCACUCCACUGGUACACGUACCACUCCACUGGUACGUGUACCACUCCACUGGUACACGUACCACUCCACCGGUACACGUACCAUUCCACCGGUACACGUACCACUCCACUGGUGCGAGCAAUCCACAAAGUAGGUCAGAGGCGAUCCCAGGAUGGCGGCAGCUGGAGAUAGGAGGAUGGUGGUGGGGGAAGGCGCUGGAGGAGUACGACGGUUGGAGGGAUGGAGGCGGCACAGGUGGAAGGCGUGGAUGAAGAUGGCGGAGAGGGGUGAUGGCGGUGGCGGCUGCGGGAGGAAGAGGAAGAUGAAAAUGGGGGAGGGUUUUGGUCGUUUCAGAGUAGAGGAGGGUUUUGGUUAAAAUGAAAUCAAAAUGGAAAGGGGCCCAAAUGGAGAGAGAAGGAGACGAAAAGAAGAAAAAAAAGGCAAUUAAUUGCACAUUUGGGGGGAGCUUUUUUCUGAUUCCCCAUAUUCUUUCCCUUUCCAAUGUGGGUGAGAGACCCCAAAUUACAAGAUUAAAAAAAAAAUAAAAAAACCAGUUUAAUUAAUACUUGCCAAUGAUUGGAAAUAAAAUUGGCCAAUCAUAAAGGGGGUGUCGAAAAUCACUACCCCUUUAGGGGUUAGCAUAGUAUCCGACCCCAUUAAUUUAAUAUCUUAAUGAUUGGAUUGGAUUGAUGAAUUUGAUUAGGGGUGGGCAACAGGACGGGACGGGAUACCCGUCCCGUUUUAAACGGGUACCCAGUCCCAUUUAGAGACCAAAGUCCAUCCCAUAUCCCAAACCCAUAUGGGAAACGGGUACCCAUUACCCGUACGGGACGGAUAACGGGUACCCAUACUACCCAUAAAUACCCAAAGUUUAAAUGAUAUUUUACCUAAAGACAAUUAGUCAAUUACAUCCAAAGCAUUCAUUUCAAAACACAAAAUGGCUGCACAAGUAGCAACUUACACCAAUUCCUACAACCCAAAGACACAAGACAGAGACAGACCUUUCCAAAUUCCAGAGAAGCUACGCCUGCCGUCGCGUGUCUCGCGUCUUCUAGGGCCUAGGGGUGCGUCAGCGUCUCAACUCUCACGUGCUGAAUUAAAUGGAUUUUGUAAUUUUAAUGGAUUUUGAAUUGGGUUGGGCUUGGGCGCAUGGGCUGAAUUAUAUGUCUUUGUAAUUUGAAUGGGUACAACGGGUACCCAUAUUACCCAAACGGGUAUUCGCGGGUAACCCGCGAGUACCCAUAUUAGGACUGUACAAUCUCAAGUCCCAUCCGUUUAAAAUAUUACGGGUAAUAUGGGUACCCGUAACCCUUAAAAACGGGACGGGUACGGGUAUACCCAAAUACCCGUUUCCCGUUGCCCACCCCUAAAUUUGAUAUAAAAUUGUCACCUGUAAUACGAUCACAUAAAGAAGGGAAUAUUAUAAAAUAUUAUUCAUUAAAAAUAUGUACAAGAUUUUGUUGGGGUUGACGAAAUCUAAUUAAUGCACGUACUAAUAUUCAUGGUAAUAAUUGAGUUGUGUAGUGUCUUAUAAAUAGCUCUAAAAGGCUGAAGCACUUUUUCUUUUCGUGUAUGAAUGAAUGGCACUCAACUAGCUAGCUGUUCACAUGUCUCUUUAGCCCUUUCGUCUUUUUGGUUUGUGAAUCAUAAUUGACUUAAUAAUUACUAUAUGGUGGUAUAUAUUUAUCAAGAAUUGUGAAAUCCACUUUUGAAAGUUGUGCAGAAAAAAUUACUGAUCUGAUAUUUUGUGAUGAAAUUAUAAUUUAAUCGUGUUUUAUAUUGUGUAUUAUUGCUACAAACCACCUAUGGAUAGACUUUGAUAGAAAAAUUUACCGAUAUGAAAUACCGAUACAAUUCACAAACAUUGGUACUUACAACAAAAUGGAUAGGGUUUGACGCUCACAAGUAGGGCUGGACAAUCGGUUAGCGGUCCACCGACCGAUUAUAAUCGAAAUCGGCCAGUUAUCCACUAACCAAUAACCAAGAUAAUCGAAACUCGGUCAGUGUUCGGAGGCUGGGUGAUAUGGUUUUGGUCUUGGGGUUGUUCGGUUAACCGAAAAUCUAGCUAACCAAAGGCUUAAGCCCUCUUUCGGUCGGUGGUAGGGUUGGUAGGUGGUUCGGUUGACCGAUAACCGACCCGACCGGUCCUCCAGUAUCCCUACUCACAAGGUUCUCGAAACAGGAGGAAAUCAGAGUGCAUAACUUAAUUGAACAAAGCCAUAAGGUUCAA